UGCCCUGGCAGGUGGAGCUGUUGCACCGGGAGCAGCAGCCGCCGCCGCAGCACUGCACAGCUGCUGGUUGUCAUGGAGGAGCAAAGAUGGCGGUCCUGGCCUAUAGCCUGGGCAAACGCGAAAUAAACCAACACUUCACCAUAAAAAACGCCAAAGUCAUCUCGCUGACGAUCGUGCUGCUGCUGCUGCUGUUCCACGCAGCCUCGCGGUACCAUGGAGGCGGAGACUCCUGUGAAUGGCUUCUCUCUAGAGGACGCUACUUGGGGGAGAACGUAUGGCAGCCUUAUGGCUGCAUGAUGCACAAAUACAAAAGCAUCGAGGCCAAAACCUGCCUUGCUGAAAAGCGGGUGGCCUUUGUUGGAGAUUCACGAAUCAGGCAGCUAUUUUACUCCUUCCUCAAAAUUAUAGAGCCUGAAAGGAGAGAGGAUGGCAACAAGCAUGAGGACAUUUCCUUUGAAGACGAGAGUUCCUCUGUGAAUGUGGACUUCCUGUGGUAUCCAGAGGCAAAUAAUUCAAUGAAGGAGCGUUUGAUAUCAUGGACACACGAAGCUUCAGUAAAGCCAGAUGUUGUCAUCCUCGGAGCGGCCACUUGGUCCAUCAAGUUGCACAGCGGCAGCAGCGAGGCCCUGCAGCAGUACAAAGUCAACCUGACCGCCAUCGCCGUGCAUCUCGAGAGGCUGGCUGACCAAGGAGAGGUCUACUGGGUGCUGCAAGACCCAGUUAAUGAAGAGGUGCUGAGUGACAACAGGAAAAUGAUCACCAACCAACAGCUGGAGCUGUACAACGAGGCGGCGGCGGACGUGCUCAACAGCAGCAAGCGUAGCGGCAGGUCCCGGGUCAAGCUGCUGGCCGCGUCCCGCCAGGCAGCACUGGAAACCAUUGGCCAGUCAGACGACGGCCUGCACCUGCCAGAAAGCACCAGGAACGUGGGGGCCAUGGUGCUCAUGAACUCCAUGUGCAACAAGCUACUGAGGCCAAUCGACGGCUCCUGCUGCCAGACGUUGCCACCGCCCAACUUCCUGCAGAAAAUGGCGGCGUGUUUCUUCCUGGGCUCGGCCCUGGUCUUCCUGGUCCUCCACGUCCUUGGCAACAACCGCCACCGCCGACCUGUGCCCGCUGAUGUGGAGAGCCUCGAGGAGAAGAAGCCAGCGACGGCAGCUGUCCCCUUCGGUCCGAAGGCGCCCUUCCGCGCCCUCUGCAGGAUGGGCCUCAUUAUGGGCUACUUUUACCUUUGUGACAGGGCAGAUGUGUUCAUGAAGGAGCAGAAGUUCUACACACACUCCAAGUUCUUCAUUCCGCUCGUCUAUAUAUUUGUGUUGGGAGUGUUUUACAGUGAGAACAGCAAGGAGGUGAGACAGGAAGUGCUCAGUUUGAUUAAUGGGAUGAUGUACAACGUUUUUGUUGACUUUCAGAAUUCAAAUCCGGUUCAAAAUGUUUCUCUCGCACAGACCAAAUUACUCAACCGGGAGCAAACCGACGAGUGGAAGGGCUGGAUGCAGCUCGUCAUCCUCAUCUAUCACAUAUCUGGUGCCAGCGCUUUCAUUCCAGUGUACAUGCAUGUGCGGGUGCUGGUGGCAGCGUACCUGUUUCAGACCGGCUAUGGACACUUCUCCUUUUUCUGGCUGAAAGGAGACUUUGGACUGUAUAGAGUGUGCCAGGUGCUUUUCCGUCUGAACUUCCUGGUCUUGGUGCUCUGUGUCGUAAUGGACAGACCCUAUCAGUUCUAUUACUUCGUCCCAUUGGUCACCUUCUGGUUUGUCAUCAUCUACGCCACGCUGGGCAUGUGGCCCCAGAUCCUGCAGAAGAAAGCCAACAGCAGCGGCAUAUGGCACCUCGGGCUGUUGGCGAAGUUACUGGGCCUCCUGUUGUUCAUAUGCUUCUUUGCAUUUUCACAGGGUUUCUUUGAGAGCAUCUUCUCCAUGUGGCCCAUCUCCAACUUCUUUGAGCUGAACGGAAGCAUCCACGAGUGGUGGUUCAGAUGGAAGCUGGACCGAUUUGCUGUGAUCCACGGCAUGUUAUUCGCCUUCAUCUAUCUGGUGCUGCAGAAGCUUCAGGUGCUGUCCGAGGGAAAAGGAGAGGCUCUGUUCUCUGGCAGAAUCUCCAACCUGCUUCUCUUUCUCUCUGUCGUCUCCUUCAUAUCCUACUCCAUAUGGGCCAGCAGUUGCAACACCAAAACCGAGUGCAAUGAGAUGCAUCCUUACAUCUCUGUGGUCCAGAUUCUGGCCUUCAUUCUUAUCAGGAACAUUCCUGGCUACGCCCGAUCUAUUUAUAGCUCCUUCUUCGCAUGGUUCGGAAAGAUCUCCUUGGAGCUGUUCAUAUGCCAGUAUCACAUCUGGCUGGCGGCAGACACCAAGGGGAUCUUGGUCCUGAUUCCGGGGAACCCUUCACUCAACCUCAUGGUCAGCACCUUCAUCUUUGUCUGUGUGGCUCAUGAGAUUUCCCUCAUAACCAACGACCUGGCCCAGGUGGUCAUCCCCAAAGACAGCGUGGCCCUGCUGAAGAGGCUGGGGGCCGUGGGGCUCCUCAGUCUGGUUGUGCUGCUGCUUGCCAGGGGCAGCCAGUCCACUCCGAGCCCCUGAUGGGACCCCUUUGAUGGAGAGGGCUGGGUAACCCGCUAAGCCCUCUGCUGAGACUGAGGUGAGGUACAGAUGCAAGCCAGGAGCUGGCCCGGGGCUUGAGGCUACUGGUGGCCACAGGAGACGGCGUCAGCAGCGGUGGCUCAAGAGGUGUUUGAGCAGAAUCUGUACUUUUUUUGACUGCUGUGAAAGUCGCACACUGAAGAAAACAAAAAUGCCCAGAAAAAGGAGGGGACUGCUUCUUUUUUAGGGUAUAAUCGCAAGAGAGAAAAAGAGAAAAAAAAAAAAAACCUCAAAGUUUACAUUUUCUGCAUUCAACAGAAGAGCGGAGGAGUUUUUAUUUGCAACAAAGAGGUCCUCUCAUUUCAAGACCCUCGUGCUUGCUGUGUGAAUUUUUGCAGCAUCGCGUCUAUUCAGCCAAACAAAAUAAUAGGCAUCUUCUGUCACUUAACAGUACUUCCUGUCAUUUUUUCGAUCUGGAAGAGAUUACUACACACACACUCCGUCCAUGUGGCAGUCGCAGCUCAAAGGGUUUUUUGUUUUUAGUUUUUUGCCUCAGGUGGAUCCAUAAUCCACAUAUUCAGAUAUCUACACUUGUAGGAUUCAAAUGUUCCGUUGGGCUCUAUUCACUGAUCAGCAGAGCUUUGUACAGUAUUUCCAGUGACUUUAAAAAAAAUGGUGUGAGAUAUCUAAAUAUGCAAUCUAUGGACCAACAAUAUGGUUUGCGUGAUCAAAAAAACUGUUGAGUAAAAAACAAAAAUUAGAGUGAAAUUGUGGCAAUGUUGGCAAAUCCCUCAACAUAUUUUUGUGAGUUACUUUAAAAAACGUUUGCUUUGUUCUGAAAGGUACUGUGGUCACCUGCUAUACCCCUGAAAUUCUAUGUGAUAUGUACAGUAUUUAAUGAUUUAAAUUAAGCUUAUAUUUUAUACAAUGGCGGGGGUUUUUUUUGGCUUUGUUUUAUUCUCAUGCCCAUGACUGCUGUUUGUGAAGGAAGUAUUACAUUGAUAAUUUUCUACUGCCUCAGAUACACACCAGAGAUUGAGCCUUUACAGUCCAACCCCCCACCCACCGCCCCUGAAGGUCCUAUAAGCAGCUGACUUCAGAGUCUGUGUAUAUUUGUAUGAUAGAGUGAGAUAUUUAUUUUCUACAGUCAAGCUUCAUCAGUGUUUUAGUCCUUCAUUAAAAACAUGCAUCAUAGCUCUGUUGUAAAACUGCUGGGUUGCACAUAUUGUACCAUAGGGCUAAAAGCUGCCUAUCCACCUUCUUCUCUGCUGCCACAGCCGGUAAACUCUUUGAUCAGCGAGCAAGCGAUGUGUUGAGACUGAAUGCCUUUCGAACAUACAGCUUUUGCUUAGUGGCUUGUACACGCAAGCACAUCUCCAGAUGUGCGUGGUCAAGUCUGCGAUGUAGCCUGGGAUCACAAUCAUCCGUCACUUCGAUCUUUGCAUCAGGGCCACGUCAACAUUCAAAUUAGACAACUUCUUUGUAAUGCACUGACUGAGCUGAGGAGACGUAUAACUGUAGGUCAAAGAGAAAUCGUGUAUAUUCCUUCAUCCGGACAAAUAGUCGAUGUCGCUGCUUAUUUAUCCUCACAGACGUUUAGGAGAGAUCAGCACUUUCAUUAUAAGGCCUGCGUUUUUCUUCUCAUCUCUGAGGUGAAACGUUUAACAAGGUACCGGUGCAGAUAACAUCAUGUACCCAAACACAUUUUUACUGGAGGAACCUGAUGCUUAGUUAAGAUGAUUUGGGAGAAAAGAGAAUAUUGUAAGACCCAAGCUGUCUUCAUAAGAUUUUAGAGUUGCGUAUUAUAAAGCCCGACUGAUAGGGAUUUUGGGUAAAAAAAUUCUGAUGUUGAUAUAUCAGCCGAUACAUAUAUUUAAAAUAAACAAUAUAAAUUAGCAAUCUAAUAUUUUUCCAAUAUGGAAAUAUUUGUAUUUUAGCCCGUGUUUUCAUAUAUUUCAAAAAUGCAAUUCUGCACUGACAGUAGCUAUAAAUUAAAAAAUACAAUCAAUCGUAAAAUACUUAACUAUAAUGUUAACAUAAAUGCACUUUUCUGCACUGGUUAUUCUGUCAAAUAAAAACUUAUAAUUGCCACAUACUGCCAAAAAAAAGAAACAAUACUGCUAUGUGUGUGAAGGGCUCAUAUCUGCCAAUACAAUCGGACAAUUGCUUUUAUCGGCCGGGCUCUAGAUGAUUUCAUAUGCCGUGUUGUAGUUAACGGUCCCAGUGUCAGUCGCUUUCUACAAGUUUAUAUAGCUUCCCUUUUUAUAAAGAAAAAAGUGUCUCACAAACCACAACUUUCAAGUCCGCUCCCUUCAUCCAUCUGAUUGUGUACAGGUUGUGUAGUUAGCCAAGCGCCAAGUCAAUUUGUAAUAUGUUUCACGUCCUUGUAUAGAUGAGACUGGCAUUUCCAUGCUGCAAUUUCCUUUUUAUGUGUAAAGUUUACUGACCUGUUCUGCCGUCUAUAACCAAUGAACAGCUCUAUAUUUGGUAACUUUUUUCAGGCCUUAAUGGAUCUCUUUGGUCGUGUAAAAGCAACAACUAUUUAUACCCCAGUGCAGGGCCUGUUACAUGUACAUUCUUUUGUGAUGUCUUCAAAAAAAAUGUGAAAUAUAUCCACAUUAUUUAUAAAUGCCUUUAUUCUGUUGUA